AUGACAAUAGCAGAGAAGAGAGGUGUAGAGCCCUUACGAAAUGCAGGAUUUGCAAAACUUGUGAUGAUCAUUGUGAUUUAUAAUACUACUGUUCAAAAUCCUGUAAUAUCCAUACCGAGGCAAUUGUUCACUUGA